AAGUCGCUCUGACAGAGGCGGCUCCGCGUCAGGUGACUGAAGUAUAGGGUGGGAGGGGCCGGAGGUUCAAUCUUUCUGACUGACGAGCCUCUAAGACUGGCUUUGGCCGCCGAGGGACAGAGAGGGGCUGGUGGCGUCGCUGGCGCUGGCUGUGCGGCGGCAGCCUUCUGAGUGUGGCGUAGACAUUCUUGGAAUGCGAGUCUCAUCUGUCUCCAUGUGGUCCAUCAGCAGCCUAAGCAUCAGUGUAGACAGGCUCAGACAUGCCAAGGCGCCUCGCAGAAAGCUCCCAUGUGAACAAGAGUGUCUUGAAAAUCUUCACUGAAAUCUUUGCUGGCGGCCAACAAUGGCAAGUAAGGGGCCCUCGGCCUCUGCAUCCUCUGAGAAUUCCAGUGCAGGGGGCCCCAGCGGCAGCAGCAACGGCACUGGUGAGAGUGGAGGGCAGGACAGUACCUUUGAAUGCAACAUAUGCCUGGACACAGCCAAGGACGCUGUCAUCAGCCUGUGCGGCCACCUCUUCUGUUGGCCGUGUUUGCAUCAGUGGUUGGAGACCAGACCUAACAGACAAGUGUGUCCAGUUUGCAAAGCUGGAAUCAGCCGGGACAAGGUCAUCCCACUGUAUGGCAGGGGCAGCACCGGGCAGCAGGAUCCCAGAGAGAAGACUCCUCCUCGUCCUCAAGGCCAGAGGCCGGAGCCCGAAAAUAGAGGGGUGAGGAACAUUCUAGAAGCUUUUAGAAGUGUGCAUGUGGCUUUUGUAACUUAUCUGUUGACUUUGCGGUUUUUCUCCUUGUUUUAGAACAAGGAAGAAAAGUUGUAAAGGAAAAUUUAUAAAGUACAGAAAAGAGGCAAGCAAGGGGAAAUCCUAGAACCACUCAUCCAGAGAUAGCCAUUGGGAGCAUUUGGGCCUAUUUUCUCAUCUUCCUUUACUAUAUA